CCUCUUUCAAUUCUCAACCGGUGGAGCAAUCCAUUCAUCUGGUACCCUUUUUUAUCGACAGCUGAAGAAAACGAUAUCCGCUGCUAUUCGUGCGAUGACUGCACGAUACAAGAACCAACGAUCGUGAAGUGUGAUGCAAAGAAUGGACUCGAUCUAAACGCGCUGAGCUACAAUCCGACCUACCCCAUACUGACACCGUCCACUCCGCAGUGGAAUGCAAACCCGUGGAAUCCAAUCAUAACCCCACCGCCAUUGAACGGUGGUGGCAAUCAAUUUUAUCCGUGGGAUCCACUGCUAACGCCACCGCCACUCGUGGGCGAUAAUAAUGGAGGCGCCUGGUACCCGGGAUAUCCCGUCUACACACUGCCACCAUUGAACGGUGGCGGGAAUCAGUUUUAUCCGUGGGAUCCACUGCUAACGCCACCGCCACUCGUGGGAGGUAAUAAUGGAGGCAUCUGGUACCAGGGAUAUCCCGUUUACACACUGCCACCAUUGAACGGUGGCGGGAAUCAGUUUUAUCCGUGGGAUCCACUGCUAACGCCACCACCACUCGUGGGUGGUAAUAAUGGAGGCGCCUGGUAUCCGGGAUAUCCCGUUUACACACUGCCACCAUUGAACGGUGGCGGGAAUCCGUGGGAUCCACUGCUAACACCACCGCCCAUCUACUAUCCGUGGGGAAAAGCGAAUGGACCCAACAAGGGCAAUAAGAAACGUUUCGUAUGUGCAACGAUUCGAAGUAAGGGAAAGGAUCAAGAAGUAGAUACGGUCCACCGGCGCGGAUGUGCCGAGAUAGAAGGGUACGCUGUGGGAGUUUGUGACCAGACCCAGAUUCCGGUACCUGAGGGUGGUAUUUCGAGUUGCCGCGUUUGUGGACAUUCCCUGUGUAAUGAAUAGGUGGGGGUGAACGUGAUAGGGGCCGUCGGAGUGGGCUCGUGCUAGCAUGCUGUGAUUUGUUUUAACUGCUUGAUGUGAGCCGCAACUCUAUGCGCGCGUUGGUCAUUGAAAUAAAUGAAACUGUUUAGAAAAUAGUGAUCAGUACAUCCGCUUUGUGGAAUACGAUAGGUAUGAUAGCUGGGAUAUGGGGGAAAAUAAAUAGCUAGAU